AUGGUCCGCAUCACCGCCCUCUUCACCCUGGCCUUCGCCGCCCUCGCUCUGGCUACCACCAACACCCAGUGCCAGAACAAGUUCGACACCUGCCGCAGCUCUGGCGACCCCAACGAGGCCCAGUGUGCUGCCGAGCACGCUGCCUGCUGCUCCGACGCCUUUGACACCUGCCGCAGCUCCGGUGACCCCAACGAGGCUCAGUGCGCUGCUGACAACGCUGCCUGCAAGGGCCAGAAAUAA